AUGUCUGCGGUAGCUAGAAAUUUUGAUGCAUCGAGCAGUUUUUUUGUGACGAAUGAUCAUUCCUUACUUGCAUAUGGCUGGUCUGUACCAUCUUGCAAGACUGAACGAGAGUUGGUUUCGGUUGACAAGCCGUUGGUCAGCGCCUUCGUAGAGAGAUGGCGCCCUGAGACGCAUACAUUUCACAUGCCGUUUGGGGAGUGCACAAUAACCCUACAGGAUAUAGCGUACCACUUUGGUCUCCCGAUAGACGGUCAGUAUGUUAGCGGAUGCCUGACAGACUUUCCACGAUAUAUAGCGGGUGGCCGGCCACCAUGGGUGUGGUUUGAGGAGCUGCUGGGUGUAUUGCCUCCUGCGAGCUGCAUCGACAAGUUCAUAGUGAAGUGCACGUGGUUUGAGGAGACGUUUAGUGAGCUUCCACAGGGGGCAGAUGAGGAGACAGUUAGGAAGUAUGCCCGUACGUACAUCAUGAUGCUCCUAUUGAUGCAGCUGUUUGGGGACAAGUCAAGUACCCGCCUCCACAUUCGAUGGCUGCCGUACGUCGCCAAGUUAGAGGACAUGGGUCAGUACAGUUAG